GAAGAGUGAUUUUGUUAUAUGGUGUGUGACCCCGGGUGGUUUUAAAACUCUUUCUUUGUCAGGUGGGGAAACAGACCAGAGUGGCCGCAGAAGCUCAUGGAGUGGGGUGGGGGUGUGAGGUGGCUUGAGCUGCGCUUCAGAACUUGUCUUCAGCCUCAGUGCCCGCCCCUUCCCUAUUGCCUUGUAAUCUUCUGAUGCCUGCAUCUCCUCCCCUUCAGUCUGUGGUAUGUUCCUGCUAUGGGACUGUCGCAGGAAAGGAUGUAUUGGGAUCUUUGAAUAAAAGAGAGACAUCGAAGGGAGGCUCUGAAAUAGGAUCCCAGCCUGAGAAGUCCAGGGAGGAGGAUGGACUUUUUGCAAGUUUAAGCACAGAAUCAAGGGAGAUGUGUGCUUAUAUUACAGCGCACACAGAAGGGCCAGAAUGAAGGAAGGACUUCCCAGCAUUGAAGGUGCCCACGGCCUGCGAGAGGAGCCCGAGUUCGUGACCGCGAGGGCUGGCGAGUCCGUGGUCCUGCGAUGCGACGUGGUCCACCCGGUGACGGGGCAGCCCCCGCCCUAUGUCGUGGAGUGGUUCAAGUUUGGGGUGCCCAUCCCCAUCUUCAUCAAGUUCGGCUACUACCCACCUCACGUGGACCCUGAAUAUGCAGGCCGUGCGAGCCUCCACGACAAGGCGUCCCUGCGGCUGGAGCAGGUGCGUGCCGAGGACCAGGGCUGGUACGAGUGCAAGGUGCUCCUGCUCGACCAGCAGUACGACACCUUCCACAACGGCAGCUGGGUGCAUCUCACCAUCCACGCUCCUCCCACCUUUACAGAAACACCCCCCCAGUACAUUGAGGCCAAGGAGGGCGGUAGCGUCACCAUGACCUGCACGGCUUUUGGGAAUCCCAAGCCCAUUGUCACCUGGCUGAAGGAGGGGACACUCCUAGGUGCUAGCAACAAGUACCAGGUGAGUGAGGGCAGCCUGACGGUGACGUCAGUCAGUCGGGAGGACAGAGGCGCCUACACCUGCCGCGCAUACAGCAUCCAGGGGGAGGCGGUGCACACCACCCACCUGCUCGUCCAAGGGCCUCCCUUCAUCGUCUCCCCUCCUGAGAACAUCACUGUCAACAUCUCCCAGGACGCGCUGCUCACCUGCCGGGCAGAGGCCUACCCCGGCAACCUCACCUACACCUGGUACUGGCAGGAUGAGAACGUCUACUUCCAGAACGACCUGAAGCUGCGGGUGCGGAUCCUCAUCGACGGGACCCUGAUCAUCUUCCGGGUGAAGCCGGAGGACGCGGGGAAGUACACCUGCGUGCCCAGCAACAGCCUGGGGCGCUCGCCCUCGGCCUCGGCGUACCUCACCGUUCAGUACCCAGCCCGAGUCCUCAACAUGCCCCCUGUGAUCUAUGUGCCCGUGGGGAUUCACGGCUACAUCCGCUGCCCCGUGGAUGCAGAGCCGCCGGCCACCGUGGUCAAGUGGAACAAGGACGGCCGCCCUCUGCAGGUUGAGAAGAACCUGGGCUGGACUCUGAUGGAGGACGGCUCCAUCCGGAUCGAGGAGGCCACAGAGGAGGCUCUUGGCACUUACACCUGUGUGCCUUACAACACCCUGGGGACCAUGGGCCAGUCUGCCCCCGCGAGGCUUGUCCUGAAGGACCCUCCGUACUUCACGGUGCUACCGGGCUGGGAGUACAGGCAGGAGGCCGGCAGGGAGCUGCUCAUCCCCUGUGCCGCGGCUGGGGACCCCUUCCCCGUCAUCACCUGGAGAAAGGUAGGGAAGCCCAGCAGAAGCAAGCACAACGCCCUGCCCAGCGGGAGCCUGCAGUUCCGCGCCCUGAGCAAGGAGGACCACGGGGAGUGGGAGUGCGUCGCCACCAACGUGGUCACCAGCAUCACUGCCAGCACCCACCUGACCGUCAUCGGCACCAGCCCCCAUGCCCCGGGCAGUGUCCGGGUCCAGGUCUCCAUGACAACUGCCAAUGUGUCCUGGGAGCCAGGCUACGACGGAGGAUUUGAGCAGACAUUCUCUGUUUGGAUGAAGCGGGCACAGUUUGGGCCCCAUGACUGGCUGUCCCUGCCCGUGCCUCCAGGACCCAGCUGGCUGCUGGUGGAAGCCCUGGAGCCCGAGACAGCGUACCAGUUCAGUGUCCUGGCCCAGAACAAACUGGGCACCAGCGCCUUCAGUGAGGUGGUCACUGUGAACACUUUAGCAUUCCCUGUCACAACUCCAGAACCCCUGGUGCUGGUUACCCCACCGAGGUGCCUCACAGCCAACCGGACCCAGCAGGGCGUGCUCCUGUCCUGGCUCCCACCUGCCAACCACAGCUUCCCCAUCGACCGCUACGUCCUGGAGUUCCGCGUCGGAGAGCGCUGGGAGACGCUGGACGACGGCAUUCCCGGCACCGAGGGGGACUUCUUUGCCAGGGACCUGUCACAGGAUACGUGGUACGAGUUCCGGGUCCUGGCCGUCAUGCAGGAUCUGAUCAGCGAGCCCAGCAACAUUGCCGGCGUCUCCAGCACAGACAUCUUCCCGCAGCCGGACCUGACUGACGAGGGGCUGGCUCGACCAGUACUGGCUGGCAUUGUGGCCACCAUCUGCUUCCUGGCUGCAGCCAUCCUGUUCAGCACCCUGGCCGCCUGCUUCGUCAACAAGCAGCGCAAGCGGAAGCUCAAGCGCAAGAAAGACCCUCCACUCUCCAUCACACACUGCAGGAAGAGCCUGGAGUCUCCCCUGUCCUCUGGCAAGGUCAGCCCUGAGAGCAUCCGCACGCUCCGUGCCCCAUCCGAGUCCUCCGAUGACCAGGGCCAGCCGGCGGCCAAGAGGAUGCUGAGCCCCUCGCGCGAGAAGGAGCUGUCCUUGUACAAGAAGACCAAGAGGGCCAUCAGCAGCAAGAAGUACAGUGUGGCCAAGGCGGAGGCCGAGGCAGAGGCCACCACGCCCAUCGAGCUCAUCAGCAGGGGCCCGGACGGCCGCUUCGUGAUGGACCCCUCUGAGGUGGAGCCCUCCGCCAAGGCUCGGCGCAUCGAGGGCUUCCCCUUCGCUGAGGAGACCGACAUGUACCCCGAGUUCCGCCAGUCAGAUGAGGAGAACGAGGACCCGCUGGUGCCUGCGUCUGUGACCGCCCUCAAGUCCCAGCUGACCCCUCUGUCGUCCAGCCAGGAGUCCUACCUGCCACCACCAGCAUACAGCCCUCGGUUCCAGCCCCGUGGCCUGGAGGGCCCUGGCGGCCUGGAGAGCCGGCUGCAGGCCACCGGUCAAGCCCGACCGCCAGCCCCCCGGCCCUUCCAGCACGGCCAGUAUUAUGGGUACCUCAGCAGCAGCAGCCCGGGGGAGGUGGAGCCGCCUCCCUUCUACAUGCCGGAGGUGGGCAGCCCCCUGAGCUCCGUCAUGUCCUCACCGCCCCUGCACGCCGAGGGGCCUUUCGGCCACCCCACCAUCCCCGAGGAGAACGGAGAGAACGCUUCCAACAGCACACUGCCCUUGACUCAGACGCCCACGGGUGGGCGCUCCCCGGAGCCCUGGGGCCGGCCGGAGUUCCCCUUCGGGGGUCUGGAGACCCCGGCCAUGAUGUUCCCCCACCAGCUGCACCCUUGUGAAGUGGCCGAGAGCCUGCAGCCUGCGGCCGGCCUCCCACGAGGACUGCCGCCCGCCUCCCUGCAGGUGCCCGCGGCCUACCCAGGCAUCCUGUCUUUGGAGGCGCCCAAGGGCUGGGCCGGCAAAUCGCCGGGCAGAGGCCCCGCCCCAGUGCCCCCCACCGCCAAGUGGCAGGACAGGCCUGUGCAGCCUCUCGUGAGCCAAGGGCAGCUGAGACACACCAGCCAAGGCAUGGGCAUACCCGUGCUGCCUUACCCCGAGCCGGCCGAGCCGGGGGCGCACGGCGGCCCCAGCGCGCUGGGCCUGGACACCCGGUGGUACGAACCCCAGCCCCGGCCCCGGCCCAGCCCCCGGCAGGCCAGGCGCACUGAGCCCAGUUUACAUCAAGUGGUGCUACAGCCCUCCCGGCUCUCGCCUCUGACCCAAAGCCCCAUCGGCUCCCGCACCGGCUCUCCUGAGCUGGCCGCGCGGGCCCGGCCCCGCCCCGGCCUUCUGCAGCAGGCCGAGAUGUCAGAGAUCACGCUGCAGCCGCCGGCCGCCGUCAGCUUCUCACGAAAGUCCACGCCGUCCACGGGCUCCCCAUCCCAGAGCAGCCGCAGUGGCAGCCCCAGCUUCCGGCCCACCGUGGGCUUCACCACUCUGGCCACAGCCUACCCCUCCCCUCCGCCAGGCCCCACGGGGCCUGCGGACAGCUUGGAUGUGUUUGGACAGACGCCUUCCCCUCGAAGGUUGGGGGAGGAGCUGCUCAGACCGGAGGCGCCUCCUCCGCCCUUACCGAGUUCAGGGACACAUCUGCCUGCACCCGGGAAUGCUGCUGCACCUGAGAGGCUGGAGGCUCUGAAAUACCAACGGAUAAAGAAGCCCAAAAAGUCAUCCAAGGGCUCCUCGAAGUCAAAGAAACGAUCCGAUGGUUCUGCCUCCCAGGCUCAGCACCUUCCAAACUCUCAGGUCCUGUGGCCCGACGAAGCUGUCUGCCUCCGGAGGAAGAAGAGACAUUCCCGGCCCGACCCCUUCGCCCGUCUGUCGGACUUGUGCCACCGUCAGCUCCCGGAAGACCAGAAGGCAAUACUCAGUAGCGUGGAGCACGAUGACCCCGGCCACGCCACUCUGCUGUGAUGUUGCCACUUAAGUGGCCCCUGAGCGAGGCUGCUGGUUGAGGGGCAAGGGUGGGCAUGAGGCAAUGGGUGUGCGGGGCUUCGUCCUCCCCUGCCGGGGGAGCGGUGGCCCAGCUGUUGGCCUCCAGGGCUGUUCAGACCCUGGCUCCGCUUGUUCUUCCUCUGGUCUGAGUGGGCAUCUCUUCCACCUCCCAGCCUGCUGGCCUCGUGUCUGGAAGAGAGGGCAGAGGGCACACCGGCCGCCAUGGCUGUGGGUGGAGUUUGGGAAGUGAACUGGGGACAGGGAGAGACCUGCCUCCUCCCCCCCUCUCCCCACUUCACUAGAUGGAUUUCCCCACUUCCUCAGCUAUCAGUGGAGUGAAAGCGAAGCAGUGGCUUGCAUCAUGCUCUGCUUCUGUCGAGUUUCUCGAGUCCUGAAAGAGGGCUGUACUCCGCCGUCUUCCAGACUCCACAUAUAUAUAGCUAUAGAUGCAAGUGUGUAUGUGUGUAGUUUGUGGGUUUCUCUAUGUAUAUAUAUGUACGUGGGAGCAAAUGCUGCUCACUCCUGUGGUCAGUGGAGGAAGGAGGGAGGGGGCAGCUGGCGUGUGGGCUGGGCAAGGAGGACUGGGGGGAGCUGGCGGGGGCUCUGGUGUCCGUCUCGGGAAUGAGUCCCCCUGAAAUGGGGUUCACGCCUUCUCAGCUGGGUCCCCCAUUUGUCUCAACCUUGUCGCAUCCAGGGCAGAGUGAGGGCUUGCCACGGUGACUGCUGCCCACUCCGGGGGCUCAGCAGUCCAUUACCAUGGAACUAAACACUGCCUCCAUUUCUCGGUCCCGGGCGGAGAAGGGUGGCUGGUGGGCGGCCAGGCGGGCGUCUCUCUUGCUUUCAUGGUCUGGCUUGGAAGUGAAGCUGCUUAACAAGCGGGGCUGGGGGUGGCCCUGUGCCCAGACUGGAGCUCCUCAUUAGCCCCUGGGGUCCAGCCGGGCCCGGAGCCCUGUGGCCAGGGGCCUCCUGCUCCAGAGCCAUCUGUGCCGAGCACCCAGCGCUGCGGCUCUAUUUAUAUCCUGUGCCCUGCGGAGCGCUGUUCCAAAGCUCUGAUUGGAUUCCUCCUCUCCUUUUGUGGGAGCUAAUUCCCCAGAUUGAUUAAUUGCCACGUGUGGGGAGCCCUCCCACACUCCUCUCCAUGCUCCCCAUGUGCCCCCCUGCAGACCUGAACUCCCACAGGAUGGGGUCAGAUAAAGCUGGGGGCCUGGAUACUGGGUUCUGGGGGUGCUCUGGGCACCCCCACCUUCCUCCAGGGCUGUUUGUAUAGAACUGGCUGAGGGCUGGGGUUGAAGGUGAAAGGGAUGGGAGGUGGGAGCCGGGCUCCAUCCUUUCUCUGUUGAGCUCUCUUCCUAAGUCAGACUCUUAGCACCCAGAAGCCUCUGCGAGGUGGUCUGACGGCGACAGGAGAGGCCUCUGUCUCUCGUGCGUGCGCAGUGUAUGCUGCCCUCGGCGGGCAGAAGGCCUGUGUGUGGCUGGGGUGUGUCUGGCCUCUUUCUCCUCCUCUUGCGCCAGAGUCUGCCCUUCUGGCUACCCGAGAAUCAUGGUGGCGAUCAGGUUCCUGCAAGUACCUCCUUCUUGGUGCUGCUGUCUUGGUGGGUUUGGGGACAGCCCCUGUCCCCAGUUACCUGCCUGGGUAUUGGCCCCGUCGCAGCACUGGACACUUCUCUGGCUCUCAGUCUGGGGACCUUGGCAAGCUAACCUGAGUGUGGGAGCAUCAUCCCCCUGGGAGCAUCCAUCCUAGGGGUGAAUCCUCAGCCCAGUGCUUCCUUCUCACGCCCGCUGAGUGGGGACCCAUUCCACCCUUGGGGCUCUGCCUCACACAUCACACAACUACAGUUUCUCUCCAAACAUGACCAUCGUGGAGAAAGAAGUGGCAGGAGCAGUGUUCAUGGCUGUGCCUCGUCCACUGCCCACCACUGACCUGGUGGAACCUGCCCCUUCUGGCCAAUGUACUUCGCUGGGCACCAUGUCCAAGCCCCACCCGGGCGGCGGCUCCAGCGAAGCAGCGACUCUGCUUCCUCCCCGAGGCAGCACUACCUCUGCCGCUGUGCCCGACGGGGGGCUCACGGGCACCUCUACUGGGCCCAGGGGUCGGUUGUGGCCUUUGUCUGUACUCUCAUGGUGGCUGUUUCUUGAGUGGAGCAGGUCCUGGAGGACUGUGUGUGCACCGUCAGGGCUGUGUGUCUUCAGGGUGAACUAGGCCGCCCUCUCUGAGCCCUGUGCUGGGGCUGUAGGCCCUGAGGUUACAACAGGAGAGGAGACAGAGGGGAUGGCAUUCAGGGCCCUGCCAUGCGCCGUCGCCAGCGGUAACAACGGUGCUGACUCCUGCCUGCCUGCCUUCCCCCGGCCAGGCUUGGUACCUCAGCACAGAAGACCAAGUGGUUGGAGCUCUGCUUUUUGCCGGCCGCUGGGUGUCAGCUGUGCUGGGCGUCCCCAGGACUGGGGAGGGGCACCAGGCCGACCUAUCUCUCAAUAGCUUUGGACUCAUUACUCCUCCCAAGAGGGCUUCCUUCUUGUGACAGUGGACGUGGACGUGGGCAUUCCUGCACCCCGGGGAGCUGGUUCAGCACUUCCUGUAAGGACUAUGAUGGAAAUCGGCAGAAUACAGUCUGCUCUGUCCAUGAGGUGGAGACAGGACUGUUAGAGGCGCACGCUUCAGUGCUGGAUGUGUGCAGGUGUGAAUGUACGUGCAUGGGGGUGCAGCCAUUUCUAAGGACCAGGUGCCCUUUGCGCUCUGCCCGUGACCAAGUGCAGUGACAACUCUGAAGCUUCUUCCAACUUUCAGGCCCCAGUCCAUGGGAGAUCAGGUGUCCUCCAGACUGCCCCUCGGCCCAUCUGGUAACCUUGCCUAGAAUUAGCCUGCCCUUCCUCCUGCAUCGUGCCUGGAGGCUGCACUGUUUCAGGCUAGGUGACUUGGAGACCAGGGAAAGGCCGAAGUGCUGCCCGAGGGAGCCUGAGGCUGCAGCUGUUUGGUGGAAAGCAAGCAAUAAGGAGAAGGUAGGGCCUUGUCUUGAUUUGCUGGUGGUGUCAGUGGGGUUGAGUAUGGACACAGCCCAGCACUCAGUGGUGAUCUCUGUCUGCAAGCCCUCAGCCUGUCUCUCUCAACUUUUCCCAGACGUGGGUCUGAAAGGGCGACGAUGGGCGGGCAGGGUCUGCCCCCACUUUGAGGAGGCCCAUGACCCAUGAUCCUGUGCGUGGGGGCGUCUCAAGUAGGGUGGACUGGAGUCACCAUUAAUAUUUUUCAAUGCUGUCUUUUUUUGAUUUGGUAUCUAAAAUAUUUGGGGUUAAACUGAUUUCAGCUGUUUUCCUGUGCCCUUUUCAUACAGAGGAAAUCUGGUAGGAUCAGAUGUGAAAUUUCCUGACUAGGCUUUUUUUUUUUUUUAAGGUUGACAAAAUAGCUUCAGGGAGGAGGCAGACUUCAGAGAGCAGCAGGGCGACCUUGUCACUCUCCAGGAUUAGAAUUCAGAGCCCAAGUGGGCAUAGCUGGAGCUGUUAAUUCCAGUUUUGUUAGAAAAAGCCUUUUAGGGGAUUGGGGGUGGGCUGGGGAAGAACUGUACAUAAAGUACAUUUUAUUACCAUAGGGAGAAACAUAGGGAAGGAAAAGCUAGUGGCUAAUCUGGGGCUUGCUUUGCUUGCAUGUAAUGGAGCUUUGGGGGGCAGGGAUUGUUGGGGAGCAGCAGGGAGGCAGAGGUAGGUAGGGGCCUGGGGGGCCCCUCAAGGAAGUGGGCAUCCUUGAUCAGCUCUUUCUUCUCCAAAUUAAGGGAGGCUGGAGCUUGGAGCCCCCCGGGGCUGCACUGCUGCUCUGAGAAGAGUUGCUUUCAGCAACUGGGAGUUUGGUUGGGGUGUCCACCACCAUACCACUGACCAGCAGUGAGUCCACCUUGGUCCCGUACUUUACUUCUGGGGCUCUCAUCAAUGCUUCCAUGAGCAAAUGGACUAUUUUGCAUGUUGGUUUCCUGAGAGGGUAGAAGUGUUUUCAUGACCCAUUCUAAGCUGGAAGAAUAAAUAGGUUGAGUCUGAUCCUUAGACAGUCCCAUACCCCGGGGUGUCUGUGUAGGACGAGGAAGAGUGAGGCGGAUGUGCAGACAGCCCUGCUGGCGCCCGUCCCUUCCAGAUGAGCGGCGCAUCUGGGCUGCUGAAUCCUCGGUAGACAGCAGCCGUUAAUGACAUCACUGGGCCAGUCUUCCUUGGUGGGUCUGAAGGAGCCUGAGGAAACAGUGUUUGCUCUGGAUUGCUGGUGGGGAGAGCUGGGCCGGGUGGUAGGGAGAAGUGCUGCAAGUUCUCCGCCCCUGGCCCUGGUCCGUUGCCGUCUGUCUGUCCCAGCCCCCUUGAUGGUGACACAAACAGCUGCUGGGCCUCUUGAAUCUUGAAGAAAUGUGUUCCACCAGUCCCACCAGUCUCUCCCUGGCACUGGAUUCCCUGGCUUUAUUUUAGGACCAGGCCAUGCUCUCCCUUCUGCCCCAGAUACACACCAGUUACCUCGUUUCCUUCCCACCCCACUUCUUCAUGGCUCCAGGGAUCCUGACCUUGUGCGUGGUUUGCGACGGGGAGGUGGCUGGGUAGGGAAGGGAAUCUGAGAGGGGAGAAGGGUUGGGCUCGUGGCGGGUGGUUUCCAUUUUCCACCUUAGAAGCCCUGUGAGCGUGCUUCUGACGGUGUGUGGGGUUUCCACCCGUGUAGAGGGAGGGGGCCGAUGCCGACUCCUCGUGUUGGUGAUGAGGGCUGAGAGACUUUUUGCCCGCUCUUGGCUUACAGCAUCUAAGAGAUCUUGUUUCUGGCAUGGGGACAGAUGUCCUUAUAGCCAUCUUGCAGUUCUCUGAAGGGAAACUGUCCAUCACUCUCAUUGGAAAUUUCUAUUACCUGCUGAGAACCUGAAGGGUCUGUCAUGAGCGGACAGUGUCCUGGCUGGGGCAGAGAGGUGGGGCUGUCUCACCUGGCCCUCUGCAGUCACCAGACUAGCCUCCAGCCCCAGGCGGCUAUCUUGUCCAUGUUCCUUUCCUGGGCUCAGGAAGUAAGAGUGUAUGUGUGUGUGUGUGUGUGUGUGUGUGUGUGUGGCGUGUUCUGUAUGUAUGGUGCCUAUGUGUAUGGUAUGUGGUGUGUAUGUGUGAGGGUGGUGUGUGUGGUGUGUUUGUGGUGUGGGGUGUGUGUGUGGGGGGGUAUGCAUUUGAGUGUGCUGUGUGUGUGUACAGGAUUUGUAGGGACACACUAAUUUGCCUGAGUAGCGUCAGGCUUAGCAGGCCCUCUUUUUCGUUGACUCUUUUCUUUGCGAGGCAACUCCUCAUUUGGUAGGAGGGUGAAAUUAGUAAUAUGCCAUCUUUAGUGUAUUUUUUAUGGAGAUUGUAUAUAAAAUUAUAUAAAUAUAUAUGAUUUGUUCUAUUUUAAGGAGA